GAAGAGGAGAAGAAAAGCGGACCCCACUUAUCCAACCAGCCUCCACACAUUCAAAAUCCCAACGUUCUCUUUUUUAACACUCCUAACUGAAAGCCUGAAGAAACACCACCAUUAAAUUCUCAUGGCGGCAACUUCUCUGCUUCCCAAAUCCCUCUCUCCAUUUCUCACAAACCACCAACCUUCAUUUCCCGCAACCCAUUUCAUCAAAGUCUCGUUCUUGAAACCCGCCGAUCAAAACCAUUGUUCCAAGCGACAAAACAUUCAUACUGUUCAUGCCAAGAAGAAGAACCCCUGGCUCGACCCUUUCGAUGAUGGAGAGGACCCCAACAUGGAAUACGGUUCGUUGUUUGCAGAUGGAAAACAAGAAGAGGAUCCGAGGCCACCCGACAACCCGAAAAAUCCGUACGGGUUUCUGAAAUUCCCUAUGGGAUUCAAUGUGGAGAUUGCUCCAUUGGCUUUGAAAGUGAGAGGAGAUGUCAGGAGGUGUUGCUGUGUGAUUUCUGGAGGUGUUUAUGAAAAUUUGCUCUUCUUUCCGGUUAUCCAGUUGCUCAAGGAUCGGUAUCCGGGUGUCCAAGUGGAUGUGGUUACUUCGGCAAGAGGGAAGCAAACUUACGAGCUGAAUAAGAAUGUGAGGUGGGCUACUGUCUAUGAUCCUGAUGAUUAUUUCCCUGAGCCUGCCGAGUAUACUGACAUGGUUGGACUUCUAAAGAAUAGGUACUAUGACAUGGUGUUAUCAACGAAGCUAGCAGGACUUGGCCAUGGAGCUUUCUUGUUUAUGACAACGGCACGUGACAGAGUUAGCUAUGUCUACCCAAAUGUAAAUGCUGCAGGGGCUGGAUUGUUUCUAUCUGAAACUUUUGUCCCAGAUUCUACGAAUCUCUCUGAUGGAGGAUACAAUAUGUAUCAUCAGAUGGCUGAUUGGUUGGGAAGACCAUUUCGCAGUGUGCCAAGGCAUCCUGUUCUACCGCUUAAAGUUUCACUUUCCAGGAAAGUGAAGGAGGCUGUAGAGCUGAAAUACAGGAAUGCAGGUGCUGAGAAAGGAAAAUAUAUAGUGAUUCAUGGGAUAAAAUCGGAUUCAAAGGCCUCCAUGCAGUCUAGGGGUGAUACUGAUAGUUUACUACCGAUCCAUGUGUGGGCUGAGAUAGCCUCUGGUUUAAGGGGAAUCAAGCCAGUUUUUGUGAUUCCACAUGAGAAAGAAAGGGAAGAUGUGGAGGAUGCAGUUGGAGAAUAUGCGAGCAUCAUUUUCAUCACGACUCCAGGACAGCUGGCUGCUCUUAUCAACGACUCAGCAGGGUUAAUAGCUACAAACACUGCAGCUAUCCAACUUGCAAAUGCACGAGAAAAACCCAGCAUUGCUUUAUUUUCCUCUGAAGAGAAGGGGAAAUUAUUUAUUCCCAAUGCAGUAGAGAAGAAUUGUGUGGUUGUUUCAUCUAAGACGGGAAAGUUAAUAGAUAUCGACGUUCAAGCUGUAAAAAAUGCAUUUACAAUUUUUAGUGCGUCCUUUGCUCUAGUGUAAAACAGGCUUGGGAUCACAUUCUUUUUAUUAUUAUUUUUUACUUAUAGAAAAUUUUCUUUGACAA